AUGGCCAAGUCCACCAAGGUCAAGGAGUCCAAGAAGGCUGUCGCCGCUGAGCCUGUCAAGGCCGUCGCUGCCAAGGCUGCCACUUCCAAGAAGGUUGCCAAGGAGGAGCCCUCCAAGAAGUCCAAGAAGAAGGAGCCCGAAUCCUCUGACGAGUCUUCUGAGGAGGAGGAGGACUCUGACUCUGCCAGCGAGAGCGAGUCUGAGUCUGAAUCCGAGUCUGAGGAGGAGACCACCAAGAAGCCCACCAAGAAGGAGGCCAAGAAGCCUGCCAAGAAGGAGGAGUCUGAGUCCGAGUCCGAGUCCGAGUCCGAGUCUGAUGACUCUGAGUCCGAUGAGGAGGAGACCAAGAAGCCUGCCGUGAACGGCAAGGCCAAGGCUGAGGAGUCUGAGGACUCUGAGUCCGAGUCCGACUCCGAUGAGAAGCCUGCUGCCAAGGCGUCCAAGUCUGAUGACAGCGAUGACUCUGAGGAGGACUCUGACGACUCUUCCGACGACGAGGAAGAGGAAAAGAAGGCUGAGCCUUCCAAGAAGCGCAAGGCCGAUGAGGAGAUCGAUACCUCUGCCAAGAAGACCAAGGUCGACAGCAACGCUGCCCCUACACUCUUUGCCGGCAGCUUGGCCUGGAGCGUUGAUGACGAUGCCCUCUACCAGGCAUUCCAGUCUUUCGAUGGCCUUGUUAGUGCUCGUGUUGUUACCGAGAAGGGCACUGGCCGCAGCCGUGGCUUUGGCUAUGUCGACUUCAAGGAUGCUGAGUCUGCUCAAGUUGCCUACGAGGCCAUGCAGGGCCAGGAUGUUGGCGGCCGUAACAUCAACCUCGACUACGCCAACGCCCGCCCUGAAGGUUCCGACCCCCAGGGCCGCGCUGCCGACCGUGCUAAGAAGCACGGUGACACCCUCAGCACCGAGAGCGACACCCUGUUCGUCGGCAACCUGCCCUUCGACACCGAUCAGGAUACCGUUACCCAGUUCUUCAACGAAGUCGCCGCUGUCACCAGUGUUCGACUGCCCACUGACCCUGAGAGUGGUAACCUGAAGGGCUUUGGUUAUGUCUCCUUCGGCUCCGUUGAGGAUGCCAAGGCUGCCCUCGACGCCAAGAACGGUGCUACUAUUGGCCACGGCAGAUUUGCCCGCAGCCUGCGACUUGACUUCUCAAGCCCUCGUCCUCAGGGCGGUGCUGGCGGUCGUGGCGGCUUCGGUGGUGGCCGUGGAGGUCCCCGUGGAGGCGGUCGCGGUGGCCGCGGUGGCCGCGGUGGUUUCGGCGGUGGUCGUGGCGGCAACUUUAGUGCUGUGAACCGCACCAAGCCCGCUGGCACCAAGAUCUCCUUCGACUAA